AUGCAAAAGAAUAUAUUCAUUAUCUUUUUCUCUUUAAUACUUUGUGUUUUUGCUAAGUAUCAUAUUGUUAUACCUAUGAUUGGAAGUCCAAAAAAGCUUCCAAUGUUAAUUUAUAGUGCAGAAUAUUUAGCAAAUUCAUAUUUACAUGGACAUGAUGAUGUAGUUAUUGAUGGUGUAUUUUUAACAAAGGGAUGUCAUACUUGUGAUUAUACAGAUAUUAAUGAAGCAGAAAAAAUAUUAAAUAAUGCUGGUAUAAAGACAUUUAUUACUCCUGUUAAUAGUAAUAUCAUUGAAAAUAAUGAAAUGAUGAAAAAAUUAAUCAAUAUAUAUGAAUCUAUCUUUAUGUUAAGAAAAGAAGGUGAUUAUAAAGUUGAUGGUCAUUUGAAAUUCAACAGAAUCAAUUUUUACUUCUAUGAAACUGUUAAAUAUGCUUUAUCUCUCUUUCCUCAAACAGAUUUUGUUUUGUUUAUGGAAGAUGAUGAGGCAUUAAAAAGAAAUGCAUUCAGUAAGUUAAGCUCUGUUCUUAAUUACAUUUCAAAGAAUGAAAAAAAUAUAUUUGAGUCAAGAAUCAUUCCUUCUAUUAAGGGAGCGUUUGAUAAUGGAUUAUCUCCACAUUGUUGGUGGGGAUUUUAUGGAAAAUUAUUAAAUAGACGACAAUUAAAUAAAUUUCUAAAAGUACAAAAAUUUUCAAAAUUUAUCAGAUGUGGAGAUGUUGCACAAUGUGAUUGGAUAGCUGCAACUCGUGAAAAUGAAUAUAUUCAAAAUUUAGGACAUCACUUUGGUAGAGACCCAAAAAUAAUAAGAAAAGACCCUAAUUUCUAUUAA